GGUCUGUUAAAACACCCACAGGGGUACCUGAGAUUGGGGCGACUAUCCCCGCUGAUUUUGAUCCUACUGCUGAUAUGCAGUACAUGAUUGACAACACCAUGUCUCAUGUUGUGACUAAGGCCCUCACAUCAGCCAUGGGGCUGAUGUCUGAAUCUAUCUCACAGACUAUUACACAUGCUCUACUUGGGGCACAGAAAUCGGCCCAGCCGAUCACUACCCAGGCUUUGCCUGCAAUAGCCCCUUCACAACCUCACACUGGCCGCAAGGCCACUGCAAAAACAAAACACUCUUCAAUCUCACAGAUGGACAGCUACACACCUGUCACAGAUGGCGCGUCUAAUAUACCACCGCGCAAAAGAGCCACUAGCCGGGCAAAAUCGGCUAGGUUAUGGAAACGGGCAAAAGCCCAACUAGAAUCUGAGUCAGAUCUCAGCGAGAUUGAAGAGGAGACCG